UCUCACCCCUGAAUUUCCAGUCUCAUUUCCCAUUUCACUCUUCGGCACGACGCUUGCUUGCUUUUGGCAGUGUGUGCGUGUGCUGUUUUGCUCCAUUGAGUGGUUUGACUCUUGAGGUGGUGGGUUGAGCGAGCACAGUUGUUUUGUGCAUGAUGGACGGCGGAUUGGAGUUGGGACCGUGCGACCGUCGGCCCGGCCUCGCGCGGUUUGACUGCUGCCUCAUCGAUGCCUGCGUGCUGGUUGGCAUUGACGAGCUCACGGGCGUCGUCCCACUUGGCGGCAGCUCUGCCUCCCGCGCCAGCGAUCGACGACGCGUUCCCAGCGUAGGAGGAGGAGGAGAGAACGAGUCAUCCGCCUCGGCAUCAUCCUCAUCAUCAUCAUCAUCGUCAGCAGCAGCAGCAGCCCAAAUCAUGCACCGCGCGUGGCCACUCAACCAGCCGUACUCGGCCAAAGUGCUUGGCGUUGCGGCAGACGAGACAGACGGUCACGUUACGCUGCGCUCGACCUCGGCCACUGCAGAAUUCCGCCGACGAGCACUCUCUAGCAGCAACAACAGCAACAGCAACAACAGCAGUGGCAGCCCCGUGACGCCGACAACGACAGAUCCCAGUCAGACGAGUCGAUCGCGUCAAGGCUCUGGUGCGUCUGCGCAAUCACACCGCAGCAGCAGCAGCAGCAGCAGCGACGGCACGAGCAACGCCAGUCGGGCAGCGGCGGGGUCGGCGUCAUCAGCGGCAUCGCAUGCUUCGUCUUCGUCCUCGUCUGCUUCUGCUUCUGCUUCAUCAUCAGCUUCCUCUCCUCCGUCGUCGAGAAAGUCGCCGGGUCGGUUCACGGGCGACGCGUCGUUUGUCAAUAAUCUUCCCUUGUUCUGCCUGCCGGACGGAGCCUAUCUCCUAGCAGCCAAGGACCUGGCCGGGCAUCACCGCUCGAGAUCGCACUCGUUCGUCAUUACCGAUGAUUAUGGAAGCAGGUCGUACGUGGCAUGCCUGACCUGGUACCGCCGACUCGACCCGGGUCUGCUCCUUCAUGCCGAGCACGCCAAUCAGCCAGGUUUGGUCGCCGAGGAGACCGCUGCCAAUGCUGCCAAUGCUGACAAUGCUGACAAUUCUGCUACUGCGACUGGCACACAUGUCGCCGCAACCAGCCCAGGAUACCAAGAAGCCUGCAAAUCGAAAACACUGCAAGAUUUGGAGCACCUGUUUCUGUCGAACGGGUAUACGAGCGCUGAUCUGAGCAGACUCCUGGCAGAGGGAUUGUACGCCCCAGUGACCAUCAGUCUCGUUUCUCAGUUUCCGUACAUUUCCGUGCUGCGCGAUAGUCUGUGCGCCAUGCUGCCGUCUGUGCAGCUCUUCUCGGACGAUUACAUCCACGUCAUUGAUGCCUACGUUUCAAUGCUGCUGCAUGUUCCUGUUCCGCCACAGGGAGCACUUGCCCUCCGAUUCACCCUCCCUGACGCGCGGGCGUUGCUACUCACGACCUCCUCUCUUUCGGCGCUCGAGCAGAGUAAUCAGGCCAAGUCCCUUUCAAGCGUUUCUUCUCGCGGCUCAUUUGGGACGCCGGCCUCUGUGGGUGGCACGAGCUUUGUUGCCAACGCCGGCCAGGCCCAGGAUGGCGAGUCGUCGCUGUUCGCGGGCUAUCCCAUCACUGUCAAGCCGCUCUGGCUGAGCCGUAUCCCCAUUGUCGAUGUCCCGAUUCGGCAACUUUUCCUCUGUCUCAGCACAGAUGCGAUCAUUCAGGUCCUUUCUUGCAUUCUUCUCGAGCAGAAAAUGGUGUUUAUCUCCUCCAAACCCGCCUUGCUGACGAACGUCACGCAGGUCCUCUUGUCCUUGGUGUUGCCCUUCCAGUGGAAGCACACGUACAUUUCCGUACUGCCAUCGUUCCUGCUCGACUAUGUCGAGGCUCCCGGAACGUUCAUUAUGGGUAUUCAUUCGCGCCAUCGUGAAUCCAUCAUGAAUCUGGUGUCCGGCACCGUCAUUGUGGACUUGGACCAAAGCAGUGUGUCCAUUCCGAGCUCCUUGGCACUUCCAGCGCUCCCUCGAGGUGCACAUCGACGGCUCAUCUACGCACUUUCGCGUGUUUCACUGCAUUACGAAACCGACGCCCUCGAGAAGCCCGCCUUUGAGGCACAGCGGGAUUUUGUUCGGAUGGAGCGUCACUAUCGCAAGUUUGAGGUGAAUGCCCGCGUUGCUUUUUUUGAAUUUAUCGUGCAACUUUUCGCUAAUGUGAAAAAUCACCUCAUGUUCGACAAGCGAGUCCUGAAUCUGGAAUCCUUUUUGCGAGGACAGCCGGAAGAGUCUCAUGCAUUCUAUCGCCGCAUCACGGAAACGUCCAUGUUCUCCAUGUUUUUGCAGUCUCGCAAGCGUGCUAUGCGUGACUAUUUUGACGAGCGCGCUGACGAUGCGAGCUAUGUGGCGUCGCUGGCAACCAUACCCAUCCCGUUGCCAACCCAGCUGCCGUACCCGCGGAGCUUUGAACGCACCCGCCUCAGUACCUUGGCUCCACACGACCGGUUUGGCUUGGGAUUGAUCGGAGAGCCGCAUCACGCACCCGGUACAAACUUUUCGAAUUCCAACUUGCUUCCAGACCCGCGACAGCUCCAAGGGGUCUCCCCACCGCGCAGUCCACCGCACCUCGCACGCGGCUUUUCGAUGCAAGUGGUGCAAUCCAUGCCUCCACCGACACCCAGCCCUGCCUUUUUGGACGACUAUGUCGAGCGAGACCCGUUCGUGGGUGCUGGCGGCUCGAGUUUGAGCAACAACCCACAUCACCCUGCCAUCUUCCGCGCUGAUUCUGCUCCCCCAAACUUUGGUAUGAACAGCGAGCCUACUCCUGGCAGCGCGUCGCCCGCCUCGGCUUCCAACCUUGUCGGUUCGACAAGCGCCGACCGCGCGUCUCAAACGGCCAUGCUCGACUGGACUUUGCCGCUUGUUUUCGACAUGCCGCCAUUCGGGUUGCGGUGGGUCGAGCAAUACCUCGAUCCCGACGCCAGUUCCUCGGAAGGCGCCGAGAGCAUGUUCUUUGUGCGAUGUCUCGAGCGGCUCUGCGUGAGCUUGUCCGAGACGCAUGAGGCGCCUGGUGUGCUGGCCAGUCCCAGCGGUCCUUUGUCAGCAGCUUCAUCGGCAACGCGCACGCCUGGAUCCCCAUCCGCUUCAGCCAGCGUCCUUGCGCCUUCAUCGCCCUCUCCAUCGGCCACUUCAUCAAAGUCUGCAGCAAGUGCGGAUGGCGACAGUGCUCUGGGUCGCUUGUCGGCCUGGGCUUCGUCGACUCGUUCCCUGUUGAGCCGUCACCUGUUCAUGCCAACAUCGCCCUCGGCAGCCAGUCAGCACGAGCCAGCUCUAGCUGGAGGCUUGGGCCUCAGUCUGUCUGACGGCCAACUCUUCUCGCCAAGAAACCGAAUGUCCUUGGUGCAAAUGCGUGAGGAAGUGGCGGCAGUGUUGCAAGCGACUCCUCAAAGCGCAGGGCUCCCGACUGCGACCGGCCCUUCUGCGCGGCAUGUCUCCUACCCUCUGCGCACACAAUCUUCUUCCGCGUCGAUUGGGUCGUUCUCGCACCCUGUGGAAAGCGCCGGAUUUGUGCCCCUCAUCUACAUCCGAGGUCUGUUUGCCGCCGCUGAAGGCCUGACCUCCCAAGCACUUGCUGACUUUGACCUUGUUUACCGGCGAGACGCCAGUCUCUUCCCCAAAGUCGUUGUUGGAACGCUCUUCUCGUACAGGGAGAGCAAUCUCUCAAGUCCAGCCAGCCACUCGCCGCUAUUGCAGUCAUCGCUCAACUACAUUGGCGGCGCGUCGGUACAUGGCAUCCCCAGCCACCUGUGUCGACUUGGCCGCCUAUGCGUGGAUGUGACGGGCGGAAAGCUGCAUUCGCGGCGUUCCAUGGCUGUGCGAUCGCCCGCCAGCGGACUGCGUGCAACAGACUCCCAGCUGCGUGCUGCAUCUCCUCGGCGAGCAAUGCCAAAUGGGCGAGCAGGCACAGAUGCGUCGACUGCAACAUCCCUCGCUCUGGAUCUUCCUAGUGUCAUUCACAGCACAAAGGAUGUUCUGGACAGUUUGGCGAAGCGGGAUUGGCUGAACUGUUCAACGUUUGUCAAGUGCGGCGUCUUGCUCCGUCUGGUGACGGAUGUGGACACGGGCGAGCGGCUGUUCGAUGUGCUCUGCCAAGAUUUGCCAAUUUCCGAAAGAGCUUCGACAGCUGCUGCUCCUGCCUCUGCCUCUGCCUCUGUCGACACUCGACCACCGUCGAGCCACCAAGCGCCUCAACCGGCAAAGUCAACCAAUGCACCGAGUGUUCGCAACGUCACCUCCAGUCCCGCAAGCUCUUCUUCACCCGCUCACGCGCCAGCUCCUGCCCACGCACCGUCGCCCUCGUUUGGAAACUUCCUCCGCGGCGGAAACAAUGCCCGUGCGCGUGAAGAUCGCAAAAGCGCUGGCGUUGCGGUAUCCGCUGCCACUGCGUCCCCGCAGACGUCCUCGACUGCCACUGAGGAGGACGACUACGACACCUUGCUCGACGUACCAUCGUCCUUGUUCAUCGGCAAGGUGCGACCGCUGUCGACCGCAGAGUUUGGUGGCAUUGACAAGCUGCAGCAGCUGAUUGCUGCACCGAGGCAGUCGUCAGACGCAGCGAACGCGCCGCCAUCGUCGGCAUCAGCGCUCCGUUCCCCAGACAAGGCCGUGUCAAAGAGCGAUUUCAAAGCCUUCUACGAGCUUUGGACUGGUGUCGUGCAGCCCAUCCAGCUACCUGAACUGCCCGCCGACCGACUGGAACUCGGGGAAAGCAUCAUCAAGGUCUCCACGCUUGCGCGAACUCACGAUGGCAUUGGCCUCCUCAUUUUGACGACCGCCCGCAUUUUCAUUUUGCUGGACGACAAGCGGGUGCUCAAGGAAAUUACGAGAAUUGGCAACAUUGACUCUGUGGAAAAGUUCCAAUUCAAAAAGCUCAUCCCUCCCGGAGUUCCUUCUGUUCGCAUCUUCCACCGCUCCGCUUCGGCUCAGGCAAAUGCGCCCGAGCUUACCAAAACCGAAGUGCUCAUUCUCAGCGGUCGCGACCUGUGGUUUGACUACAUCAUGGAGAUGGUUGCGGCAUACAAGGUGGCCAAAGGCUCCAAAAAUCCGCAGGCCAUUCAGCAGGCUGCAAUCAACAUUGCGCUGUCGGAGACCCUGGAGAAGAUGAAAAAGGACCUGUACCACCGCCUCCUGUUCUUCUCCCAAACCUUCCCGCUCUAUCGCAGUCUGCCCCUGAGCACGAUUCAGGCGCUGGUUUUGCGUAUUGAUACGACUCCGCACGACAUUCGUAAAGCGACCACGGAGUGCAUGGCGUUUCGCGAAAAGAAGCUCUGGUGUGGCAUGAGCAAUGGCGCGCUGCUCGUCUUUGACUCGGUCACCUGGGCGCUCGAAACCGAGCUGACGCUGUCUGGCAUUCCCGUGCAGGACAAGGCCGGGCAUUCCGAUUCGCCCCAGUCAACCUUCUUGCAGCAGCUGCCGCACCCCUUCCCAGCAAACAGAAUCUGUUCGCUGCUGGCCGUUCGCCGUCACAUGUGGGCGGGGUCAUUCGAUCACCUCAUCCAUAUCGUUGAUGCGCGAACGCGUCAGACUGUCACCGUCCUGGAUCGACAUCAUGCGGCCGUUUGUGAUCUCGUGUCGUUCGUCGCCCAAUCGGCAACACCAUCUCUGCCCGGAUCGACUUCAGCCGGGGCCAUGCACGGUACCAGCGGACCUGACAGUCCAGUGCAUCAUCAUCAUCAUCGGAUGGCGUCUGACACAGGUUCUCCCGUCAGCCUUCCCACGGCAAUUCCUGCUCGAACGUCCUCCAACCUGUCGGAAGUUUUUGCGGCAUCAGCUCGGAACGACGCGCAGCUGUACGAGUAUGUCGUUUCGUGCAGUUUGGACGGCCACGUUGUGUGUUGGGAUCUCAAUUCGCGCGAGUGUCUGGUCGAGGCGCAUAUUUUUGCCGCUGCGUCUGAACUGCUGCAAGAAAAGAUUGAGCAGCGACUGAUGGACUCGCAAAUCUAUGCGACCCCGCUUCGGGCGAUGCAGCGUGUUCUGUCAACGACCUCGACCUCGAUGAUGCACUCACCCGCGGACACCACCCAGCUCGAAUCCUUCUCGUUGACGCAGAGCACCGUGAGCACCGGCAGCGACUCGAGCACACCCGGCGCUGCCACCGCUUCUCUGUUUGUUUUUGAGACGCCCGAGUCGCCACAACCACUCAACAGGUCGCUGACUGAUCCUGCAAACUUGUUCCUGUCGCCAUCUCGCUCCUCCAUGCCCAUUGCCGCCGCCGCAAAUCGCAAGAUUGCUGGACUCUACUGCCUGUGCAUUGUCGGUGAUCACAUCUGGUGCGGAACGAACGACUGCGUCGUGGUGUUGGAUCGCAUCACGCUGCGGGUGGUGGACGUGAUGGAGGCUGUUCCUUCGCCCCUUGCCGGAAUCAGUACUGCAGCCCAGUCGAUCGCCACCACACCCGUUCCCUCCAAUUUGAAACCCGUUUCUGCUCCUCCCUUGCUGGGCAGCUCCAGUCCGGCGCCCAUCACAAGCAUGCUUCUCGCCGGAUCGCAUGUUUGGACAGCCUCCGCACGAUCGGGGACGGUGGACAUUUGGGACGCACAUGCCCGCGUGGUUCGCAAGAGCUGGUCGCUCGAAUCGCGGGGAAUCAACGCACUGUCGCUCGUCAAUGGCAAAAUCUGGGGCGGAGCUUCGAACGGCUCGCUGUAUGUCUGGGAUGCCGACACGCACGGACUUGUCAAAGAGCUCGUUGGACAUGCCGACGCCGUGCGGUCCCUGGCUGCCGUGCCAGUCUCCGAGUCGUCCAUGUUUGUGCUGAGCGGUUCGGCGUCUGCGGAUGGUCGUCUGUUUGUUUGGGACGCCGGCCAAGUGUAGCUUUUUGCGCACAAGCAAGUGAUGUUGGACUGUCGUUGUUCCACAAAGCCGGCAGGACUGUACAAUACAAUGUUACGAAUGCAACAAGUUGGCAGCGCUGAACUGAGCUGUUGCACAAAUAAAAGUUUUGCAAGCACAGAA